AUGACCUUUCUAGCCGAGAUAGACGACAAUGGACACAAGUUAUUGUGGUGUAGAUCGAUAGGGAUCCUAUCAUCGAUAUCCGAUGCUAUCCAUUUUACUAUAAAGAAAGACGAGAUAUUGCUUUCAGCAAUAAAUAUUAGCAGGACAUCACAUGGUGAAAUCGUUUUCAAAAGUUCAUUUUUCAGCAAAUUCGAGGUAAGCUUUGAGAAUGUUUUGCUGGAAGGGUAUGAAUCUGGAGAAUCGGGAAAAGAUGACCAGAAUGGUGCUACUUAUUCAUUCUUGAUCAAUUCGAAGCACUUGUCAACACUAUUUAGGAACUUGGAUUCCAGCAGCAUGAAAUAUAUUAUUCUACAAGUUAAUUGGAAUAAAUAUGCAAGUGCCUCUGUAAAGUACAAACUUCUUAUAGAGAUUAAGAAUAUUAAAAUGAUUAUCAAAAAGUAUCAAGCUGGAUAUCUACCGAUAACAAGAAAGGAAACACACAUUGCCUCAACUUAUAAGAAGACUUUGAGCACACAAGUGGGUGAUGAUUUCAACGACAAGAAUCGAAUAAGCCACAUUAUGCUUGAUCUUGUUGUACCAAGACAAUUCUUGGAAAUGGUCCCAGCAACAGCAGAAGAUUUCAAAAUAGAAAUCAAAAAUGAAAAAGUACUGUUUGGCGGUUACACGAAGCAAAUUGUUAAAGAUCGAGACUACAUCAAACAACCCAUGUCUGUGACCAUUACCAUAAAUCUGAAUGAACUAGCAGAUAGUAAUCUUUUGCUGACAAACCCAGAGCAAGAACCAAUGCGAAAGAUGAUCAAUUUUGGCAUGCGUGAUUUCAAGAAUUUCUUAAACUUAGUAGGUUUUUUUGCUUCCUUAGCCUCGUCUAAUGUUGACCAGUUCGAUGAAGAGUACACUACUCUAGGGCAUAAGAAUGAUUACUUUCAUAUCUAUUUUAGAGAACCGGGUGAUCCGAUCUUGCUUGAUUUCCACAUUAGCCAACAUAUAGAGGUUCAAUUUAUUCAAAUAACGGCAGAAGAUAAAAAUAUUUCCCAAGGACAAGAAGUUGAUCCAAGUGUCAUUAGAAACCGACUCGUUUUAGAAGCACCAAUUGUUCAUCGCGUGGAAAACCAGGAAAGAGGAGGGUUUACAAGGAAUGAAGGUACGUCUGAUGAUGAUGAUGAUGAUGAUGAUGAUGAUGAUGACAAUGAGAAUGAGGAUAAUGAGGAAGUUCAAUCUGCAUUGACUUCUCCAUCUCUGUCGAUGCGACGAUUUGCAUUUGGCAGAUUGCCCGAGGAGAAGGCGCAUAAGAAGUUGAACAAGACAAGAUUGGCCAGUCGCCAAGACAGUGACCAAGUAUCACUAGCAGAUCAAAUCGAUGAUGUUAUAACAUAUAACCAAACUCCUCGUGAUGCGGAUAAUCAAGAUACAGAGUACAGCGAUUCCGAAGAAGAGCUUAAUGAGCCUCCACUUAAGAGGAGAUUAAUAAAUGACAACGAAGAAACUUACGGUCCUACUCAGGUUGGCGAUAAAGCCAAGUCAAUUUUUUAA